AUCAGAACAACAAUGUCAAGUUUCCAAACGCAACUUACGUACGCUUUAGGAAAUAAAACGAAAGUUUUACCCAAAUUAAAAAAAGUAUUUGUUCGUCCUUUGAUACAAAUAGCAGUAAAGGCAAUAAAUCAAGAAUAUAUAGAGAAUGGAGUAUUAGACAGAAUAAGUCAAAAAUACAAUGUACCGGAAGAAACUGUGGAUGAAUAUUAUUCAGUUAUUUAUACAAUUUUAAAAAUUCAUUUAGGUGUAUUAUUUCAAAACGUUAAACCCGCUGAAUUUAAGCAGGUGUUAGAAGAGCUGAAAUUACCUUCAGAAUGUAUUGAUGAUUUGUCCACAGUUGUAUAUGGCCAGAAAAGAACAGAAUUAAUAUCAGGAUUGAUAGAAAAGACAAAAUUUUAUCCAUAUAUAGUAUCAUGUAAAUGGCGUGUAGACAUUACUAUUUGUUCUAGCAUGUUAAGCAGGGUCUUAGAGCCACAUAUUGUUAUGGAAUGGAUAUUCAACAAUGGGAAACAUGAAAUAUUUGAAUUAUCUCUAUCAAAGUUUCAUCAGCUAAGACAUGCCAUAGCAACUAUACUUGUAGAAAUGCAAAAAGUUGAACAACAAUGUAUCUCAAAAAAUAUCAUGUGUAGUUGAUGAUUAUAUACAAAUAUCAUAUAUAUUUUUGUGCAAUAUCAUUGUAAAAAUAAUCACAUACAUAUAAUAUUUUUUAUUACAAAAAUAAUACUGUAAGCAAUAAUGUAAAAUUAAUAAAAUAACAUAAAAUGAG